UAUAAAAUCAGUAAAAAAUAAAAAUCUAUUGCAAAGCCCCUACAAAGUGCUAACAUUUGUGGCAAGAGAAACUGGCUCUGAAGUGAAAAACAAAGCAAACAACUCCAAAACCAAACAUGCACUUGUGCUGCAUUUGUAAUACUAACUAGAGUACAAACCCAGACAAUUGCUAUUAAGCCAGUGGUUGCAUCUCCUAAGUUAUUUCUGUACAACCCCACGCAGAGCACCGUUUCCCUGGAAAAGCCGUUUUGUGUGUUUGACACGCUGAGCCCGACCAGUACAAUGAAAGUAGACGUGUAUGUUGUGGUCAGUUCAGCCGCCUCUUCCUCCUUUACCCCUGGAAAGACCUACAGAGAGACAAAGGUGGGUGAGACAGAGCCUUACCAAGCAGUGUCCUUCAGCAUCCCCAACUGCUCCUCCCCUCCCAAAUUCACAGACCUGCUGAUCCUCAGCAUGGUGGAGAAAACCUUGAAUGAUUACCUGGUGCGAAUCGGGAGUCACCCCACCUGCGCUGGAGAUCCUGGAGCCACAGUGCUCUGCAAUGGCCCCCUUGCCAUGGGAACGGCUUACAGGUUUAAGUUUUUGCUGGUGGAUGGGACGACAACCAAAGCAGAGACUGCUUGGUCUGAGCCAAUUGUAACCAGAAACGCCCAGCACCAAGAGGACCUUGACGACUGGAUUGGGAAGAGAUCUGGGGCUAUGGUGGUGAUCACCAGCGUGCUGAGCUCGUUAACCUUUAUCCUCAUCUGCCUGCUCAUCGCCAUGGGGGUGUAUGAACUUGUGUAUCGUGCGACCGGCUCUCAGGACAUGACCACCGGAAGGACCCAGACUUUUGAGAGCUCCCACUUGACGGUGAACCAGCAUGUCUCUGUAGGGGAUGCUGGGGACAGAUACUCCAGCAACACCCAGCCCUAGAGAGGGGACAGGCGCUCCCCUGGAGGAGUGCAUUGUAGCUGAGACAAAUUAACUGCAUCAUUUUCUUCCUUGAAGAUCAUCAGUUUUGAUUGGUGUCUGGGUACGGGACUUGACAACUGCUGCUGAAUCAUGACUCCCAGAAAUUUGCAGCAGUUUAUUUAGAGAUCUAUUUGAAAUAUUUGUAAAUCCUUUAAUGAACUUAUCCAAGUAAUGGAUGACACUAUUUGGGGGUGGGUGCAGUAAUUUAUAAAGCUAAUUAGGUUGGAAGAUUGAUUUUAGCACUGUAACUGGUUAACUGAUCUUUCACCACUUUGUAUGAAUUUAAUCAGUAUUUUUGUAUUACAUGCACAUGUUUUUGUUCAUUCUCAGGAUCACCUAUUGUAUAAU